AUCAUUUGGAUGUAAAUUAUUUUCUCGAGUGUCGUGUGUUUCUGUAAGUCUCUUUACCGUGCUCACAAUGAGAGUAAAAUCGAGACACUUUUUCCAUCAAUAAUAAUAUUGAAUUUUCCAAACCACUACCCCAAAUACAUCAAAUUUCCGUAUAAUCAUUUGGGAGGUUCUUGUCUACACCCUUGUUCCGGGAAAAAAUGAGAAACAGGAACACUUUAAUAAAAUGAUUCGCGUUGCUGUGUUUCCGCACGAUGCACUCUGUAAUAAAGUACCGUAGUAUGUAAUCAAAGCAAGCCUAUUGUUUAUAUUCGCUUCAACAGCGUUUGCGAUUCAGUGAUGUUGCUGCGCGCAUUUAGUCACAAACAGUGUAUAGUUGCAUGAUGGACUCCGAGUUGCCGUGCAUUUCGUGGCAAUAUGACAUGCGCAGAAAGAAACAAGAGAUCAUUCCAAAUGUAUAUCUAGGACCAUACCAGGCAGCUGCAAAAUCUGAGCUUGAAAAUCUUCGAAAUGAUGGCAUCACUCAUAUUUUAUGUGUUCGGCAAGAUGUCGAAGCAAGAUGCGUAAAAGUCAACUUUCCAGAUAUAUUCAUAUAUAAAGUGAUAGAGUUCAGGGACCAUCCAUGUGAGAGUAUCAUAUCUAUAUUACCUGAAGCAAGAAAUUUUAUAAAUGAAUGUUUGCAAUCCAAAGGAAAGAUUCUUAUACAUGGUGUAAAUGGAAUGUCAAGAAGUGCCUCACUAGUCAUUGCUUACAUAAUGGAAACACGAUCAAUUUCCUAUGAAGAAGCAUUUGAAAUUGUUAAAAGAAGAAGGUUUUGUAUUGCUCCUAAUUAUGGAUUCAGAUCUCAGCUUCAGGAAUACGAACCAAUAUAUAAAGCUCGAAAUAUGAGUAGUCAGUGGAUGGAAAAUACUUCUAAUACUGGGAAGAAAAGGAGAGUGUCAUCUGAAGAAUCAAGUUUUGAAAUGGAUUGAACAUUUUGUGAAAAACCCAUCGACUGCACCGUUGAAUCAAUCUUUGAGUUCAUGGUCUGUUCCAAUCUAUUAAUCCAGAAAAAGGGCACUGAUCUAACCCUAUUAAAUAAAUCAGUGUUGCUCCGGCAUUUGUCAUCAAUAUGAGAUUCUUGAUUGUCAGAUUACAUAUUUUUUGCGCGGUUUAAACACACAUCUCACUCCAAAAAUGGCGCUGUGCAAGCAGAUAUCUGCCGAUAUGUAAGGAACUAAGCUUUUGUUCGGCAUUCCAAUUUAUUACACCCUGGGUAAGGUAUGGACAGUGAUUUAAACCUGCGAUGUGAAGUCUGCACAGUUAAGUCUAAUGCUUUAACCCAGGGG